ACUGACGAGCCAGCUUUGAAUACGACCGUCUAUUUUAAUAACAGUACUCGGCCAGUUUAGYGGUCAGUCACAAGUUCACAACCUACACGAUCUUAUUAUUGUUAUUUGUUUAAAAAGUAUUAUAUUAUAAUAAUAGUAUUAUUAUACACGAUAACCACACGCGCGCAUUACUACGACUAUAUCUACAGCCAGCCUAGUCUCCCGACGAAAUUGCAACACAUUUUCAUUAGCUCCRGACAACGCGUAUAUAGCGGCGCUGCAGUCGUACCAACAACCGCCAUGGGAUCGUACGUCACGUGGACGUUGGAGGUGUUGGCGUUUGYGAUUUUCGUCGUGCUCGCGGUCGUGGUGCCGUACGCGCGUCGGAAGCGUGACUACUGGACGAGCCGCGGGGUUCUGACGGCGGCCGGUUACCGGUCAUUUGCCUGCACGCUGCCGGGCAUCCGGCUGCAAGGCAGGUCACUGUCCGGCCACCUGAACGACGCGAAGGCCGCGGGCGCCGCCGCCUUAGGUCUCCACGAUGCCGGUCGGCCGACAGCGCUGGCGUGUGAUAUCCUGGUGGCCGCGGCCGCGAUGUCCAACGACGGCUUUGGCGAGGUCGACGCCAGAGGCGGCCACGAAUUGAGCCUCUUGCCGUCGGCGGUGCACGCGGAUGCGGUGGCCGCCGUGCUGCCGACCAUGGCCAUGUGCGUGGCCGAGCUCAUCACGUCGCUGGAGGCCGUGGCCAACCGUCGGCUAACCAUAAUGCCGUGGGUGGAACUAAAAAAGUGCGCAACUACGGUGGUGGCCACGUGCGUAUAUGGACAGCCAUUAAUCGACUCGCGGAUCAAAGCGUUCGCGGAACAGUGCGACAAGGCGUUGUCGGCCGGUGGUGGUCGGCCGACGGUCACUGACUAUUUCGAGUCGUACAAUUUGUCGUCCAACGGAAAAGAGUCGUUUACCGAUUUAAAGACAAUUCUACGGUCAGCCGCCACAGGCAGUGAGAAAAUAGAUGCAGAUGUUGCCGACAAACAAGUGAGAUUAGAUAUGUUUGAGUUCGUGACGGGCAGUAUAGAACAGACUGCGGCACUAGUAACGGGUGCAUUGUACGAGUUAGCUUGUGACAAAAAUAUCCAAAAUCAUCUCAGAGAGCACUUGAAUAGUGUGCUGAGUGAGCAUCAGAAACAAGUCACAAUUGACCAAUUGGAUCGGUUACCAUACUUGGAAAACGUGUUAAAAGAAACGUUGCGUAAGUACCCGCUGGCGAGUGUUGUGCGCCGCGUGACCACCAAACCGUACGUUGUGCCAGGCACCGGUGGCCGAGUCACCAUCGAACCGGACUCAUUGAUCGUGGUGCCGGUACACGCGCUGCACCACCACGCCGAAUACUUUCCCGAGCCAGAUAAGUUCCAGCCACACCGAUUUCCAAGACAACUGUCAUCUGCGUACAUGCCACACGGCAGCGGACCACAGUCCUAUAUCGGUAAACAUUUUGUGGAGCUGGAAGCCAAGCUCAUCAUCGCCAUGUUGGUAUCCCGGUACGAAAUGCUUGUGGACAGCUCUAAGCCCGGUACGUCACCAGACCCGUUGGACCCCAGAUCGUUUGAGGGCGUCCGGAUGACGGUGACCAAUCGGAGCGGCGUCCUAGAGUCUACGAUGUGUGCUUCUCUGCGUCAGUUUCAAAUGAGCAAAGAAGAGAAUGCUGGCGACCGGAAAUUCCUGUUUUUCUGAACGCGUCGUUGCGUCGUGAUAUGAUGAGCGGUCCUAUGUAUUAUUAUUAUUAUGUCUGUGUCGUGGACUAUUGUUGUAAUAAUAAUAUAAUUUUAAUUUGAAAAUGGC